AUGAGGACAAACAAGGUUUCUGGCGGUGAGGACAAGGUUCCUGGCGGUGAGGACAAGGUUCCUGACGCUGAAGACAAUGUUCCUGGCGCUGAGGACAAGGUUACUGGAGCUGAGGAGAAGGUUCAUGGCGCUGAGGAUGCGGUUCCGGAUGGCGCUGAUGACAAGGUUCCUCGCGCUGAAGACAUGGUUCCAGAUAACGCUGAGGACAAGGUUCCUGGCGGUGAGGACAAUGUUCUUGGCGCUAAGGACCACGUUCCUGACGCUGAGGGCAAGGUUCCUGACCCUGAGGACAAGGUUCCUGACGCAGAAGACAACGUUCCUGACGCUGAGGACAAGGUUCCUGUCGUUGAGGAAACUGUUCCUGGCGCUGUGAACAAGGUUACUGACGCUGAGGACAAGGUUUCUGUCCUUGAGGACAAGGUUCCUGGCGCUGAGGACAAGGUUCAUGGCGCUGAGGACAUGGAUCCAGAUGGCGCUGAGGACAAGGUUCCUGGCGCUGUAGACGUGGUUCCAGAUGACUCUGAGGACAAGGUUUCUGGCGGUAAGGACAAUGUUCCUGGCGCUGAGGACAAGGUUUAA